AUGGCUAACUACAUGUCUGAUGAUCAAAGUAUGACUCUACAACAACAACUUUUGGGAAAUAUUCAAAACAAUGAUGCACCUCAAAUCACUUUAGCCAUUCCAAUAGAAUACUUGACUAUUCUAUCAGAAAUAAUAGUAUAUUUAAAUAAUCUGGCUGCUAAUGGUUUUAAUUUCUCGGAGAUGCUGGAAACACAAGAUUGGAAUGACUACUUUAACCUCUUAAAAGGGCCAACCUACCCGGAGCUAGUCAAAGAUUUUUGGGAAAAUGCAUAUGUUUCGGAUGAAAGCAUGGUUCACUCAAAUAUUAAGGGACAUAAUAUCUGCAUAAGUGAAGUUGACAUUGCUAGACUGCUUCUUCAUACCAAUUCUGGUAUCCGGUGUUACAACAAAAAACUUGUUGUAUUUCUUAAAUCAACGAUGAAAUAUUCAUAG